CGCAGAACAGUGAAGCAACAGCCCCAAUGAAAAACAACAACAAUCACUACAGCAGAGCGAAGAAAGCGCGAUGGCUCCGUGAAGCUCAACACUUUACCACCUUGUCACAGUUCUAAUCUCAGCCCGACUGCUGCUGUUUCUACCGGAGCUUUUUAAGUCGAUGGUGCCGAGCUCAUGAACUUGGCCAGUCAAAGCGGGGACGCCGGCGGAAGCCAGCUCCUCUUCGCCAACUUUAACCAGGACAACACGUCCUUAGCUGUUGGCACCAAAUCAGGAUACAAGUUUUUCUCCCUGUCCUCUGUGGACAAAUUGGAGCAGAUAUAUGAAUGUACGGACACGGAGGAUGUGUGUAUUGUGGAGCGUCUGUUCUCCAGCAGCCUGGUGGCCAUCGUCAGCCUGAAGGCCCCCAGGAAGCUCAAAGUCUGUCACUUCAAGAAGGGAACUGAGAUCUGCAACUACUCCUAUUCCAACACCAUACUGGCUGUCAAACUCAACAGACAGAGGCUGAUAGUGUGUCUGGAGGAGUCGCUGUACAUUCACAACAUCCGAGACAUGAAAGUGCUGCACACUAUCAGAGAGACUCCACCCAACCCGUCAGGACUGUGUGCCCUCUCCAUCAGCAAUGAUAACUGUUACCUGGCGUACCCGGGCAGUGCCACAAUAGGAGAAGUCCAGGUGUUUGACACAGUCAACCUGCGAGCAGCUAAUAUGAUUCCAGCCCACGACAGCCCAUUAGCGGCUCUGGCUUUUGAUGCCAGUGGAACCAAACUGGCCACAGCCUCAGAGAAGGGCACAGUCAUCCGUGUCUUCUCAAUUCCAGAGGGACAGAAGCUCUUUGAGUUUCGGCGAGGAGUCAAGAGGUGUGUGAGCAUCUGUUCGUUGGCAUUCAGUAUGGAAGGCCUUUACCUGUCGGCCUCCAGCAACACAGAGACGGUCCACAUCUUCAAAUUAGAGACGCAGAAGGAGAAGUAUGUGCCGGCAGAGGAGCCCACCACAUGGGGAGGGUACCUGGGCAAGGUCCUAAUGGCAUCCACCACCUACCUGCCUUCCCAGGUGACAGAAAUGUUCACCCAGGGUCGAGCCUUCGCUACCGUACGUCUGCCCUUCUGUGGACAUAAGAACAUCUGCGCCUUAGCUGUCAUUCAGAAGAUUCCCAGGUUGUUGGUAGCAGCAGCCGAUGGCUACCUGUAUCUGUACAACCUGGAUCCACAAGAAGGAGGGGAAUGCACACUUAUGAAGCAGCACAGAUUAGAUGGCAGUGCUGAACCACCCAAUGAGAUCCUUGAGCAGGGGUCACAUGAUCGCCCUCUUGUGGCCCAAACCUACAGUGCCGCUGUCACUAAAGGUUACUGCGAAGAGCAGGGCGCCGUGGGAGGGGCGGGGCUAGAAGAUGACCUCAACGACUUACGUUUAGAGGAAGAGAACGAGCAGCCACCACUCAUCCUUGAAACUGACUGACUUAACGGACGGCUGUACCCACCAAUCAGAGGGCUCCUCUGGUGCUGCUAUGAACAUGUGACACAAGGGGGGCAGGGGCAGGAUCAGAGCCUGUGGGGGGGUGGGGUGGGGGGGGGAUUGUGGGUUUAAAUGCUUAAAGCGCUCAAGAGCCUGUCUGUCUGUGCGUUUGUCUGUUCACACUCAUGUCUAAUUUUUCUCCUUCCCUCCUUCCUUCGUUCCCUUUUCCCUCAGUUUCGCCUGCGCAGGCCAAACUGAAGCUUUGCAUGUACAUGUGCCAACCGCUAAAAACAUGCUCCAAUGUGAAGAUGAGUAUCUGUGAGUGUGCGUGUUGGACGUUUUGAUCAAAAAAAUGUAGCUGUGUCUCCACUGAAGACACACACACACAGACGCAGGCACUGUGUUAAAAUGAAAGUGAAGACGAUUGUGUAAGUGCCUCUCUGCCCCAGCGUCAUGGUUUCUUCUGUUCGAGAGGGGGAUCUCUUUGCAUUGGCUUAAUAAAAAUCUAUUUUCAGUUGUCGGAUCUUAA